CACGUCGAAACAUCCACGAACAUAACCAGAUGUUUCCAGUAAAGAAGACCAGCAAAAAAGUGACAUGUGACAUGCAUCAGCACUUCUCUUGAUUCCCAUCUUUAUUAAAUAUUCAAACACUGAUCGUUAGUCAGAGCUAUAAAUGUGUGGAUGAAGUUAUUAUAUUAAAUAGCCUAAAUUAAGUGAUUACUAGUUUUGUCUCAGGACAAAAAUACUUGGGCUUGGGGUGAAAUUUUUAUACUGUGUGAUAGCUUGUAUAACAUUAUUUUUUUGUUGCCAAAAGAGAACCACAAAAAUCUUCUCCAAGUGGGAAGGAAAUAAAACUUGUACUAGUCUCUGUCUCAUGACAGAAGUGGAUAAGCUGCAUUCUCUCAAAACAAGUCUGGCAACAUUUGCGUCCAGAAAUGAAAGCACUCUGAGAGUUCUACUAUGUGCCAUUUUUCAGCGGGACACAAGCUUUCUUUAAAAAGAGAAAAACCGAGGAUUGUGUUAAACAGUACAAUUUGUAGGUGACUUUGUGGGAAUUUACAUGAUGAAACACUACAUGGGAAACUGUGAAAAUGUUGGGAACCGGUUUGAUUUUGAUCAGAGUGGGUGAACAUUAGUCAGUGUUUCUGACUCGUCAGAUAUACACACGCAGCUUCAUUCAGACUUUAUGAAUCAUGGAGGACAAAGAAACAUUCAGCGAUGAAGAUUUUUCUUCAGAAUUCAGUGGGAUAUCAAGGUCACUGGAUUCCAAACAUGUGUCCAUGAAGAGUGACAGGUCUAAAAACAACAUUCUAACAUUUGAUGGAAAAGACAUAUCAACAGAUCUGUGGCAUAGAUCAAACUCACCGAAGCACAGUGCCAUAAAGAGUGAAGCAUCUAUGAAAACAUCAGUAAUAUUCAAUGGGGAAAACAAAUCAAAUCUGAGUGACUCUCAACUGGCCCAAAGCAUAAUCAUAUCAAAUCUGGUGAAGAAGUUUGAGCGUCUAUCUGAAGGAACAGCAAAGCAGGAAAACCCAACACUCCUGAAUGAGAUCUACACAGAGCUCUACAUCACAGAGAGUGAGAGAGGAGAGAUCAGUAAUGAGCACGAGGUGAGACAGAUUGAGAAACAGUCCAGGAGAGCAGCAACAGAGGACACACCAAUCAAAUGCAAUGACAUCUUUAGACCUUUACCUGGACAAGAAGAACCCAUCAGAACUGUGCUGACAAAGGGAGUCGCUGGCAUUGGAAAAACAGUCUCUGUGCAGAAGUUGAUCCUGGACUGGGCUGAAGGGAAAGAGAAUCAGGAUGUCCAGCUCAUAUUUCCACUUCCUUUCAGAGAAAUCAACCUGAUGAAAGACAAAACACUCAGUCUUUCAGAUCUUCUUCAUGUAUUUUACCCUGAAACCAAAGAUAUGGAAAUAUCUAGUGAUGAAUAUAAAGUGUUGUUCAUCUUUGAUGGUCUGGAUGAGUGUCGCCUGUCUCUGGAUUUUCAGAGCGAUGUGAGGUUGUGUGAUGUAAGUGAAUCAGCUUCAGUGGAUGUGCUGCUGAUGAACCUCAUUGUGGGGAAUCUGCUUCCCUCUGCUCUCAUCUGGAUCACCUCCAGACCAGCAGCAGCUGAUCUCAUCCCCUCUGAGUGUGUCCAUCGAGUGACAGAGGUACGAGGUUUCAAUGAUCCACAGAAGGAGGAAUACUUCAGGAAGAGAAUCAGUGAUCAGAGUCUGGCGAAUACAAUCAUAUCACACCUGAAGUCUUCAAGGAGCCUCUACAUCAUGUGCCACAUCCCAGUGUUCUGCUGGAUCUCAGCCGCUGUUCUGGAGAAGAUGUUGAGUGAAGCAGAGAGUGGAGAGAUUCCCAAGACUCUCACUCAAAUGUACACACACUUCCUGAUCCUUCAGACCAACAUCAAGCAAGAAAAGGACUAUGAGAAUACAGUCAAAGAUGAAGAUAUGAUCCUCAAACUGGGGAAACUGGCUUUUCAGCAGCUUGUGAAAGGCAACCUGAUUUUCUAUGAGGAAGACCUGAGAGAGUGUGGCAUUGAAGAGACAGAAGCAGCAGUGUACUCAGGAUUGUGCACUCAGAUCUUCAGAGAGGAGUUUGGCUUGAACCAGGGGAAAGUCUUCUGUUUUGUUCAUUUGAGCAUCCAGGAACAUCUAGCAGCUCUAUAUGCACAUCUGUCCCUUAUGAAAAAAAACAGAAAUGUGUUUAUUACUCUUUCUUCUAGUCCUUUGAAGCAUUUGAAGAAGGCUUUAAAUGUUUCACCAUCUGAGCUGCAUAAGAGAGCUGUGGAAAAGGCCUUGAAGAGUAAAAAUGGACAUCUGGACCUUUUUUUGCGUUUUCUUCUGGGUCUCUCAUUGGAGUCCAAUCAGACUCUCUUACGAGAACUACUAACACAGACAGGAAGCUGCUCUUACAACAAUGAGGAAACGGUUAAGUACAUCAAGCAGAAGAUCAAGAGGAAUCGCUCUCCAGAGAGAUCCAUCAAUCUGUUCCACUGUCUGAAUGAACUGGGUGAUGAUUCACUGAUUCAGGAGAUUCAAGAUUAUCUGAAAUCUGGAAAAAUAAAAGAAACCAAACUCUCAUCUUCACAGUGGUCAGCUCUGGUUUAUGUGUUGCUGACAUCAGAGCAGAAGAUGGAUGUUUUCAAACUAAAACUGUUCAUUGGAUCCCAAAAUACAGCAGAUGAAGUUCUUCAGAAGCUGCUGCCUGUGGUCAAAGAAUCCAAAUUAGUUCAGUUGAUGGAUUGUGGUGUUACAUAUGAAGGUUGUGCUGCUCUGGCUUCAGCUCUAAAAUCAAACCCCUCACACAUGAGAAAUAUGAAUCUGUCACUAAAUAAAGUAGGAGCAUCAGGAGUGAAGCUGCUCUCUGAUGGACUGAAGGAUCCUCACUGUAAACUGGAAAAGCUGCGGUUGGGUAAGUGUGGUGUCACAGAUGAAGCAUGUGCUGCUCUGGCUUCAGCUCUGAGAUCAAACCCCUCACACCUGACAGAACUGGAUCUGUCACUGAAUAAACUAGGAGACUCGGGACUGAAUCUGCUCUCUGAUGGACUGAAGGAUCCUCACUGUAGACUGGAAACACUGCGGUUGAGUGAUUGUGGAGUCACAGAUGAAGGUUGUGCUGCUCUGACUUCAGCUCUGAGAUCAAACCCCUCCCACCUGAAAGAACUGGAUCUGUCAAUGAAUAAAUUAGGGGCGUCAGGACUGAAUCUGCUCUCUGAUGGACUGAAAGAUCCUCUCUGUAUUCUGGAGAUACUGCGGUUGAGUUAUUGUGGAGUCACAGAUGAAGGUUGUGCUGCUCUGACUUCAGCUCUGAGAUCAAUCCCCUCACACCUGAGAGAACUGGAUGUGUCUGGAAAUGAACUAGAAGACUCAGGAGUGAAUCUGCUUACAGCUGGAUUGAAAGAUCCUAUCUGUAAACUGGAGAUACUGCGGUUGAGUGAUUGUGGAGUCACAGAUGAAGGUUGUGCUGCUCUGGCUUCAGCUCUGAGAUCAAACCCCUCACACCUGAAAGAACUGGAUCUGACUGGAAAUAAGCUAAGAGACUCCGAUGUGAAGCUGCUCUCUGCUCUGAAGGAUAAUCCACCUUAUAAACUGGAAAUGCUUAAGUUUUAGAUGUUAGUCUGAUCUUCCCUGGAUCAGCUGAUGGUGAAUAAAGAGACACUACAGACAGACAUCAUUCAACAGAAUCAACAGACACAAACCCUUAGUGAUCAUCACACACGUGUAACUUUCAAGAAUCAUCCUGUUUUUAAUUCAAAGUCAAACAAUGAAACCUGAAACCUAUUUAUUCCUAUAAACAAUAUAUAAACACUUAUAAGCUACUACUAAAUAUUGUAGAAACGUAAUUUUCUGUAAAGUUGCUUUGUAAUGAUUUGUAUUGUAAAAAGCGCUAUACAAAUAAACUUGAAUUGAAUUGAACAAUAUUACAUUACAAUAUUAACAGUUGUUUGUGAAAAUAUACUUUCAGAAAGAAAGGUACAAAACUUUACCUUUUAGGGUACAAGUGACCAUCAAAUGGUGCAGUACCCUAAAGUGUACCGUUUUGUACCACUACUUACAUGUACAACAUUUUACCUUAUAACUUUGUACCAUUUAAGAGCAAAGAUGACCAUUGUAUUUAAGGUCUCAAGUAUUACCAAAUCCUUCUGAAGGAACUACUAAUUACUUGGAUCAGCAUUCUAAAUCAUAACUCCCUAAUACUGACUGAUGUCAUUUUAAGCUUUUGAGAUAUAUGUAAAGUUUUGGAUAGUAAAUUAAAUUAAAUUAAAUUAAUGGAUUUAGCAGAUGCUUUUAUCCAAAGCGACUUGCAGUGCAUUCAGGCUAACAUUUUUUACCUAUCAUGUAGGAUAGUAAUGACUCAAGUGUUACUACAUCCUUCUGAAGAAAUAAUUAAUAAUUAUUUGGAUCAGUAUUCUAAGAUCAUGGUAACCCAUUAAUAAUGAUUUAAGUGUUGCCAAAUCUAGCAACUCUACUAAACAUGAACUUACAAAUACUUUAAAAAUGUAUAAAGACUUCAGUAAUUACUUGAGUUAUCACGGACUAGAAUAGUGUUCCCAAAAAUUUUAAUUAUUUUAGGAGGAUGUAGUAAAACCUGAAUCACUACUAUCCAAUAUUUAACAAAACCCUCAAAAUCUUACUCAUGUGUUCUUCAUUAAUGAUGGAUCAGUAUUCUAAAGUGUUACCUUGAGUUCUGUUUUCAGUUUUUGCAGGUUCCAUCUGUGAAUUACCCUUUCUAUGUUUUUCUGCCUUUGUCCCAAUGUGGAUUAGGCUACUGUUUUUUUGGACUUUUAAAUAAAAGCUGCA